AUGGUCAAGGCUGUUGUUGCUGGCGCCUCGGGCGGUAUCGGCCAGCCCCUCUCCCUUCUUCUAAAGCUAUCCCCCCUCGUUGACGAGCUUUCCCUCUACGAUGUCGUCAACACCCCAGGUGUCGCCACCGACCUUUCCCACAUCUCCUCAACUGCCAAAGUCACGGGCUACCUGCCCAAGGACGAUGGCGGCAAGACCGCCCUGAAGGAUGCCGAUAUCAUCGUCAUCCCUGCCGGCAUUCCCCGCAAGCCCGGUAUGAGUCGUGACGAUCUCUUCAACAUCAACGCUGGCAUCGUUAAGGGCCUGAUCGAAAUCGCCGCCGAGGUGGCUCCUAAGGCCUACAUACUGGUCAUAUCCAACCCGGUCAACUCGACUGUCCCUAUCGCCGCCGAAGUUCUGAAGGCUAAGGGCGUCUUUAACGCCCAGAAGCUGUUCGGUGUCACCACCCUCGACAUUGUCCGCGCUGAGACCUUUGUCGCUGAGAUCGGCGGCCAGAAGACCGGUUCCGAGCUGACUGUCCCCGUUAUCGGCGGUCACUCUGGCGAGACUAUCGUCCCCCUCUUCAGCAAAGUCAGCCCUAGCGUAACGAUCCCAGAUGACAAAUACGAUGCUCUUGUCAACCGCGUACAGUUCGGCGGUGACGAGGUCGUCAAGGCCAAGGACGGCGCCGGUUCCGCCACCUUGUCCAUGGCUUACGCUGGAUUCCGCUUCGCCGAGAAGGUCUUGAGGGCCGCCAAGGGCGAGAAAGGGCUUGUUGAGCCCAGCUUCGUCUACCUCCCUGGAGUCCCGGGUGGCGACGAGGUCGCCAAGGCGACUGGCCUAGACUUCUUCUCUGUUCCGGUUGAGCUCGGACCCCACGGUGUCGAGAAGGCCCUCAACCCCCUGGCUGGCAUUACCGAGAAAGAGAAGUCGCUAGUGGACGCCGCCGUACAGGGCCUCAAGGGCAACAUCGAGAAGGGCAUCAGCUUUGCUCACAACCCCCCUCAAAAGUAA